AUACAAUUUCUACUGGGAUGUUGGUAUUUGUAUAUGUAUGGGUUAUGUGAUUUUAUACACCUUCAAAGUAAUAUAGCAAAAGUCUACGCCGGCGUAGAAGAGAUCGUUUAUGCCGUUGACGAUCGGAGUAAAAUAUUUGCUACUUGAAUUAAAUGAAUUACGUGAGCGUUUGAUAUUUGGUCGUCAUCAUUUUUUACCUGUUCUUUUUUGUUGCAUUAUUGUAUUAGCUAAACAGCUGUAAGGCCAUAAAGUUAUGUGUAUGUAGUAGGGAAGGGCUUGAAUGACGAGUUACCUGACUAUAAAUGUUGAUUCGAAGAAAUAAAUAAACAAAUAUCAAACAAGUUAUUCAAUAUUUUUGUAUCCAGAAAAAAGCAACGUAAAAACGAGACAAAAAAAUAUUCGCAUCCAAACAUCACCAACCAGUCAUUGCUUCUGUGUCUUAACAUAUCGGAUUCUGGUCGUCGUCAAAGAUAUGAAACGCUAACGUUGCCACAAUGCCCCGAAAACUAUUGAAAUUUCUUAUUAUCUUCGACAAUACAUCCUUGCUUUACUUUCCCGGACAAUUUCUAUCAGGUCGUGUACUCAUCGAACUGCAAGAUGAUACUCCUGCUUUGGGGCUGCAUUUUCAUGUUGUCGGCGAAGGAGUGGUGCGCGCUGGUACGGCACGACAGGAGCGUACAUACGACAAAGAAAACUACAUUGACUUUCGAAUGAGACUUUUGGGCGAUGUUGAUCAAGGCCCAUCAGUCCUUUCGCCUGGCAUACACAGUUUCCCAUUCAAACUUGGCCUCCCAGUGGGAUUACCGUCAACUUUCUUGGGCCGUUAUGGCUGGAUACAAUACUACUGUAAAGCUGCUCUACGCGAACCAAAUGGUCUAAUACAUAAAAACCAUCAAGUCUUCAUUGUGAUGAACCCGAUUGAUCUCAAUUUGGAGAGGCCCAUUCUAUCGCAACCGUUUACUUGUGAAAUCGAACACAAACUUGGUGUGGCAUGCGUGGGCGGUGGUAAAGUUGUUGCUCGGGUGGCACUUGAUCGCGGCGGUUAUGUACCUGGGGAGAGUAUAUUGAUCACUGCACUAAUUUCGAAUCACAGUAAUAUGACGAUCAAACGAACAAAAGCUUCCCUUACAGAGACCAUUGAAUAUUUGGCACGAGGAAAAGUGGUGCAAACGGAAAAACGUGCCUUGGCCGCUCUAGCACGCGGGAAGAUACGUCCCGGCGGCAAGGACGAAUGGCAAAACGAUAGCUUGUAUGUACCACCGCUUCCGCCAACGAAUUUACAUGGUUGCCAUCUAAUAAAAAUCUCCUACGAUGUGUUUUUUGUCAUCGAACCGAAGUCGUUAGAAAAGGAAAUUAAAUUGCAGUUACCCAUAGUUCUAGCCACUUAUCCAUUUCGUAAUAAUGGCAAUGAUGUCUCGAAUACAUGGCCAGAUUCAGUACUUAAACCGGAUACUCAUUAUCCAUCAACGUUGCCAAUUUUUAGGCCGUGGUUGCAUGAGAAGCCCGAUCCAAAUUAAAUGUUAAACCAAUGAGAGCGAAAUACAUGCAUAUGUAAUUACAUUUGUACAUUAGGGUGGUCCAGAACUUUUUUCUUCAGCUACUCGCCAGAACUGAAGAGCAUCGAAAAUAAGAAGACGAUAGAUUGACCUUGAAGUUUUCCGUGUAUUUGACAUUAGGAAUACACUAUAAAAAAUCGUUGUAAAUAAAUAUUUUUAAUCGAAUAAGAAUAUUUCCCACCACAGAUCUUCAAAAUAUAAAAUUAUGGUGCAUAGUCUACUUAGAAAUUUUACUAAAUAAAUAUGUUAUUUUAUGUGUUCCUAACCACAUAACGCACGUAAUGAAAAAAUAUUUAGUAAAAUUUUAAAUUUAACUAUGUAUGCAACAUCAUUUUAUUUUUUGAAGAUUACUGACGAGAAAUACACUCCCAGUAAUUUGAAUAGCACACCCUUUCGAUCCUCAGUAUGUACAGUUUUCCUUUUUCUGUUUCAUAUUCAUCAAUUUUUUACAAAAAUUUACCAUAUUCCUCGUGUAAAUCCGAUUUUAAAAUUUUAUACAAAUUAAAAAAAAAAACAUGCAAAGGGGUGUGCUGUCCUAUAGACCUACAGUCUAUGCAGUUUUAUGGCACAUGCAAUUUUGGUAUAACAAAGUUCAAGUUUCAAGCGGCUACAAAAUACCGUUGAUUUUUUAAUUUUUUUUUUACAGU